CAUAAAUUAAGAAGUAUAUUUAUAAUCAUCAAAACAGACAGAUUAAAGACAAACUAUUUUUGAUUUUAACAAUAAAGUAAUCGAAUCAUCUGUAUAUAUUCAAAAUUUAAACAUAAUAACCGAAACAUGAUUGAUGUUAUUUUAUUUGAGGCACUUUCAUUUCUUGGCGGAAUUAAAAUUUUAGACAUAUUUACAAGUGGCAUUGCUGACUAUUUAUGGCGCCGGGAAGUCAAGAAAUAUUUAAAAGAAAUAAAAGACAAAUUAGAUGGUCUUGCGCAGGUAGAUCUUCUUUCGAGUAUAGACUCUUUGGAAGAAGGAAUUAUUGAACUUUUUCGGUGGUUUGACAAAGUGACAAGUUUUGAAUCGAGAGAACGUACAGAAGCAAAUAAUGACGACAUUUCAACGGCAAUGUCCAGUUCCAUUGUGCGUAAAGCUUGGAGAGCAAUGGAACAAUUCAUUCAAGAAAAUGAAAAUUUAGAGACUGGGUCAAUUAGCUUUGAAAAUGCAAAGAAAGAAUUUUACACAUCCCGGUCAAAAGCAACGGAUGCGUUCAACAACAAAAAUUUAAGCUUUGAGAACAGAUUAUUGGCUGUAAAAGUUAAGAUCGUUGCAAAAAUUUUGGAGUGCCUUGAUUGCCCAGAGGAAGCCAUUGAUUUCUGUACACAGUAUAUGAAAAAGCUACAUCAACUGGAAGAAGUUCGUAAAAAGUUCUCACUUCACAUCAAGGGUGGCUGGAAAGCAAAAUUGAGCAAUAUAACAGACGACAGAAUGAAAAUUAUAAAACCAGUGAUGCUCCUCAACCGUCAAUUGUAUGACUUCAUUGCGAGUAUCAAAGACUAUAAUAGUCAUGUAUUGGGUUGGCCAACUAUUGAACUUGGAGAAGGACAGUCGUUUAACCCCAUAUUGGACUGGCGAAAGAUCUCCACCACAAAUUCUUGGGGUGAAGAGUUGAUUGCAUCUCCUAACGAAUUCGACUUUUGUACUAUUACCGGACAAUGUUUGAAACUUAUUAACUGCUGGGAUGUUAACUGUCGUGGUGACAUCGUUUACGGUUCUCAUAACAAAAUUAGUCUUUACAAGCCAGAUGAUAAAUUACAAAAGCGGGGUUUUAAACUUGAUGAACUUCAAUAUGAAUAUCCAGAUCAUGACGAAACGUACAUCAGUGCUUUAUCAGUUGAUCAAGAAGAUAACGUGUACGUAAUACGAAUGGUUGCUUAUUUUGAUGAAGAAAGAGUUGAUAAGUCUUUUCAUAUUUUUGAUAAAGAUUUAUCCAUGAAACAUAAAGUGGACAUUCAGCCAAGUCUGGACACUCGGGGCUGUAUGUACCCUGACUAUAGGGAACGUGUUAAUCAUUGUUUGAAAAUCUUUCACAACAAUGUUGUGCUGCUCGAAGUACUAAAGAAGCCUAAUACUAGUAAGUCAUGUGAAGUGGUUAUUUAUGACAAGAACGGAGUAUUUCGCAAGCGGUUUAUUCCACAAUCUCAUGUGAACGCAAUGGCUAUUUCUAACAAAAAUGAAAUCCUUCUCGCUGGAGGUAAUAUCAUCUACUUUUACACAAUAAAAGGCUCGUUGAUUAAGACGGUAAGCCUAUCAAUGCAUAAUAUUUUUGAUAUGGCAUUUCAUUUUGGUCAAGGCAAACUUCUUAUUUUGAAUUCGUUGAGUCGUGCUAUCAUUUUUGAUACUGACUCCAAGGAUGAAAAGGAGCUGAUGCAGUCAAAUCCUAGUGGAUAUACUGUACUCAAAGGGCAUCCUAGUGGACUUACUUUGUUGGCCCACGGACCUGUGCUCUUCUAUAAAGACAGCCAUUUGUUUAGAGUUCUAUUCAUAUAACUUUUAAAAAUUAUAACCUUUUUGCUUAAUUUCGAAUUUAGACUUAGACAAUUAAAAUGACAACCAUUUUUUGGCACAUUCUUUUAAACUUGAAUUUAUUUCAAGCUGAGAAGAAGACGUUCACGCAAAAGGCGGCCGUAUAGAAUCUCGUCCUAAUAGACUUUUUCAUACGAGCAUCUGCAUUGAAAUUGGACUGCUCCCAAAAUAUUAUACAUGAUUGUUUAUUAAAAAUCAAACUCUAAACUCUUUCAUAGUGUAAGCAACAUAUUUCUCUCGCAUAUAUGAGUAUAUAUUCAUUAAAAUCCCGUAAAAAGUGAGUAAUCUAAUCACCCUUGGAACAGGAUUGUCUGGAUGAAAUUUUCUUGUUGUUUUUUUUUCAUAUUUUAUACGUACAGACAAUACGAUAUUGCAGUUGUAGAAUGCUAAACAUCAAUAAAGAUAGAGCAAAAUAACAGUGAAAUAGUGUAAUAAUUGUAGAAUAAGCGGCCCCGAAAUCAGUUUACUUUAUUUAUAACAAUGAGUUAUUUAAAUAUAAUCCUUGAUUUUGUACCAUCAGAUAAGACUUUCCGCGCUUUGUUUUUAUAGUAUACAUACCACCAAAUUAGAAAAAAAAUUAGUGCGCAGAGUUUAUUUCAAGUAGGUAUUAGGUGUCAUCCAUUGAAGACGGCUGAUCAUACUCCGUUGGCAUUAUACUAUUAUAAACUCUCAAACGAGAGAGAAUCUAUACAGAUUUGAAUGUUUUCUGAAUACGUUGGUGAAAUUUUUGAUCUUGCAGACAUUCGAACUGAUCUUAAUUGGUUUUAUCAUGUUGAUGUACGAUGCAUGCAUAUUGUGUAGCAGGCAGAACUAAUUUUAGCUACAGUGUGCAACUUAGUGUGAACAAUUACAUGUAUAUAAUUAUGCAACUUUUAAAUAAUCAUUUUUUUCCAAUCUUUGUUUCUAAAAA